AUGGACACUAUCCACCCGGCGCCACGGCAGCCUGACCGUGUUCCUGUCCCGGCGCCACGGCAGCCUGACCGUGUUCCUGUCCCGGCGCCACGGCAGCCUGACCGUGUUCCUGUCCCGGCGCCACGGCAGCCUGACCGUGUUCCUGUCCCGGCGCCACGGCAGCCUGCAGCAGCUCCAGAGGCGCCCCCUCCGCCUGCAGCAGCUCCAGAGGCGCCCCCUCCGCCUGCAGCAGCUCCAGAGGCGCCCCCUCCGCCUGCAGCAGCUCCAGAGGCGCCCCCUCCGCCUGCAGCAGCUCCAGAGGCGCCCCCUCCGCCUGCAGCAGCUCCAGAGGCGUCCCCUCCGACUGCUGCAGCUCCAGUCCCUGUCCUAGUCCCCGAGGUGGUCCCGGACAACUCCAUCUUGGCUCCUCCCUCUUCGGAGGUGGAGGAGCUGGAAUGGGACCCCUCGGGGACAGAACUCGUAACCCCUUGUCCCUCGCCCCGGCGACUUCGACCCCGAACUAGGGUCGGCCUGUCUGUGUCCCGCAGGGGAAGGGGACACAGACGCAGGGCUGGGGUCCCGCCCGCCCUGCCCCCUGGCUCGCCCUCCCUCGCCUGCGCUCUGGCUCGGCUGGCGCCUGCGGGUCCUGGCCCUCCGGGUCGGCUGUCGCCUGCGGGUCCCCCUCCGAGGCUUCGUCGCCCCGCCUCGCUCCCCUCUCCGGAGCCUGGUCGGUCGCCUGCGGGCUCCCCGACGGCGGCUCCUCGGUUACCUGCGGGGCCUCUACCUCCGGCCCUCCCCCGGACGUCACCGCCUGCUGCAGCUCCCCCCUCCUCCGGGCCUUCGCCGUGGGCCCCUCCAGCUCCCUCGUCCCCUUCCCCGGUGCUCCCUCCUGCUCCCUCCCUGGCCCCUCCGCGGGUCCCUCGCCCUGCCUCCUCGGCCCCUCCGAGGUCCCCUCCGGCUCCGGCCUCCCGGCCGCCUGCGGCCCCUCCGGCUGCCGCCCGUCGCCCGCUGGGUCUCCCUCGGGCUCCCCUUUGUUCCCCCUCCUUGUCUCCCUAUGCCCCUGCCUUUGUCCCGCCUGUCUCUGUCCCUUCUUCUGCUCGUCCCUUCGUCCCGCCCGUCUCUGCUCCUCGUGUUCCUCCUGUCUUUGCUGCCCGUCCUCCUCUGUGCCCUCUGUUCACUCCUGGCCCUUGUGUCCCGCCGGUUCCUUCUGUGUCCCCUCUCUUUCUCUGUCGGUCCGUGUUCCCCGUCCUCUGUCAGGUUUUGUCCCUGGUCCUGUCUUUGUGCCUGUUCUGUCUCUCUGUUUAG